CACAUGUAUUAUUUUGUUUACGUUUUGUUAUAACUGCCCAGUGUAAAUAUUGUUGGUGUCAGUUUUCAUAAUUUUGUUUCUAUAACGACUAAGUAUAUUAAUAAAUAAAUAAAUUUAAUUUUGUUAAUUGAUAAAUAAAUUGAUUUUUGAGAAAUUGUUUUUGACGUAUUGUUAAUUUUGUAUGUGGGCUGUAUGUGUAUAAGAAUUUCCCAAAGUUGAAAACAAGUUGUAUUUUACAGCAUGUAAACAAAACUUCAGUACAAGCCAGAACGAGGACGAGGCAAAGAGCAAGUACGAGCUCGACGUCAACGCUGCACUUGACGUUUGUUUAAAACUGAGUUAUUCUGAAAGUCUGAAAUUGAGGUCACUUCUAUCGGCAGAAAAAUGGCAGAAUCACUUGGAAAAAUUGGGUAUUCGGAGAAUUCUAAUUCUUUUAUUAAAACUGAGAAAAUAGAAUUACCUGAUGAUCCAAUAAUUGAUAACCCAACCGAAACAAUUAUGGUUAAACUGGAAAUUCAUCAACCGUAUUCUCUUGCACCAUCAUCAAGUCAUUCCGAUGAAACAGUCGCAAUAUCACGUUUACCUUUAAUAAUUGCUGAAAGCAAACAAAAGUUAGAAACCAGACCAAAGGAAAUGCAAAAUAAUCCUGACCGAAUAGAAGCGUUAUCAGUUGCAGCUGAAUAUAUGCAGAAUGAUUGUGCUAUAAAAAAAGAACCGAAGUUUGAAAAUGAUCCUGAUGAAAAAAUAAAAUCAUCACGUGUACCAUUAACACAUGCUGAGCGUCAACGAAAGUACCGUGCUAAACAAAAAGAAAAACAUAAACUUCAAAUUAAUUCUGACGGAAUGGUAGCAUUAACACCUGCAGCUGAGUAUAUGCGGAAAUAUCGUGCUAAAAAAAAAGAACAGAGGCUUUUAAAUAAUCCUGAUGGAAAACUAGCCUUGUCAUUUGUACCUAUGACAAAUGCUGAGCGUCAGCAAAAGUAUCGUGCUAAACUAAAACAAAAAAACGAAUUUGAAAACAAUUCUAACGGAAUGGAAGGUUCAUCACCUGCCGCUGAAUACAUGCGAAACUAUCGUGCUGAAAAAAAGAAACAACAAAUUCAAAAUAAUCCCCAAGAAAUAUUAAAAUCAACACGUGUACCAUUAACACAUGCUGAGCGUCAACGAAAGUACCGUGCUAAACAAAAAGAAAAACAUAAACUUCAAAUUAAUUCUGACGGAAGAGAAGUGUUAUCAUCUGCAGCCGAAUACAUGCGGAAAUAUCGUGCUAAAAAAAAAGAACAAAAGCUUCAAAACAAUCGUGAUAAAAAACUGGAUUUACCAUCUGUGCCUUUGACAACUGCUGUACGUGUACGAAAUUAUCGAGCUCGACAAAAAUCAAAAUCAGUCAGUGAAUCUGAUAAUUUUAAUUCUAAUCAUUUUGUAGCAUUAAAUAUCGAAAAUUUCGAUUUGAAUGAUUCUGAUUUAGAUGAUAAAAACUUUUUUGAAAAUAGCUCCUUAGAGAGUGGAGAUUCUGAUAAUGAUAAUGAUGAUGAUGAUGAUCCUCUAAGACUUACUCCAGUCUAAAAGACUCUUGCAAUUAUUCACGAUGUAAAUCAGUUAAAAAAAAAUUGUUAAAAUAGUCUCAAUAAAUUCUGUUUAUAAGUCAAACUCAUUAAGAGAGCUCUAAAGUACCUGUAAUUACAUGUAAGAAUUUUAUAUUAUUUUAUUAAUAAAUUUUCGUAUAUCCUUCUAUUAUAAAAAGGACACUUGACCGCUAUUUAUUC